UGCUUUCUGUGAUCGGCCUCAAAAACCCUGAUCGGAGAACCCCUAGUGUUUACUGUUACCAAAGUACAAUGAACUUCAUCCAGCAGUUAGUUCUGUAUAAUUCAUAACUCUCUGUUUGCUUCACAGGUCUGGGUUUCUGUUUCAGCUUCCAGCCCGCGGUCACUAUACUUGGCCACUACUUUGUGCGCCGUCGUCCUUUUGCCAAUGCGAUGUCCUCGACUGGUACUGCUCUGGGUCUGUCUACAUUGCCUUUUUUAGGUGACUAUCUGCAGAGUACGCUAGGCUGGAGAGGGAGUUUUCUGGUACUCGGUGCUGUGCUGCUCAACUGCUGUGUUUGCGGAGCCGUUAUGAGACCCGCCAGGCCUCGCAAGCCCAGAAAGUCAGAGGUGAUGUGCAACAGUCCCAGACCCGCAGGCAAAAAGGGAUGUGUGCUGGGGAUCUUUCAGGGUUUAGCAUCGUUCCUCAGAAGACACAUGGCCUUUGACCUCUUCUGUAGUAACCCGCGAUUUCGGGUGUUUUCACUGGGCAUCACUUGGAUGAUGCUGGGGUUUGUGGUGCCGCUUAUUUACCUGGUCCCGUAUGCAACAGCUCACAAAAUGGAUCCAAGCAGAGCCGCCCUGCUGCUCUCCAUCUUGGGCUUUGUCAACAUCUUUGUGCGGCCUCCCGUCGGAGUGCUCUUCAGCCUGCCCUGGUUUAAAGGUCGACACAUCUACGUUUUCUCAGCCGCACUCCUCAUAAAUGGACUCAGUAAUAGUAUCUGCUGCAUUUCUGCCAGUUUCCCAGUGCUGUUAAUCUUUGUCCUGACGUAUGGACUGUCCAUGAGCCUGGUAGGCUCACUGAUGUUCACCGUCCUGAUGGACACGGUGGAGAUGAGUCGAUUCCCAUCUGCGCUUGGCCUGUUGUCUAUCAUGGAAAGCGUCACGCUGCUAAUUGGACCUCCUCUCGCAGGAAUCCUUGUGGACCGUACUGACCAGUACACGUAUGUGUUCGUGGCCUGCAGCAUCUCGGUGGCCUUAUCAGCUCUUUUCCUUAUGGUUUCCUUUUACUGGCUGGACUGCCGUGAUGCAGCCCAGAAGAACAAUUCACCAGCGUCUGGGUCUCCAGCUAAGCCUGCAGUCAAUUUGGCCAUGGACUGCCAGUUCAGCAGUGUGCCUACAGAUAGGGACAAGACAAAUAACCCAUCAUCAGAGGCAGAAAAAAUCACAAAUGUAUGACUAUCAGGUAUGACUAUCGUGAUCCUAUCAGGUACAGAAAUGUUUCUUUGCCAUUUAUUAGUAUCAUAGAAUGUGCUGUUUAUAACUGUUUUAUUUCAGCAUCAAACCCUGGUUGUUUUGUACAUUGUUAUAUGACACUGGUUUUGUAAACAUCCUGUCUCACAUCACUGGUUUGCCUUAUACAGUAUAUUAGUGCCAUGGCACUACAAUUACAUCCGUUAAUGCAGUCCUCUGAAUUCAAGUACAUAUUACAAACACUUCUUCAUUCCCGAUCUAAAUGACAGAAUGCUGAAGUUGUUUGCCAAGGAAAUUAAGCUAUUUCAAGUCAGGAAAUGUUAAUCUCAUGCUUAUAAUAUUCAAUUUACCCAUUUUUGCCAGUUACACUACUCUUCAACAGUUUGAGGUUGAUAAGAUUUUUGAAAGAAGUCUCUUAUGC